AUGAUAUAGAUCCAAACAGAGAAAAUGAAAAAAAAUUAGAUAUAUUGGAAGAAUGUUAAUAAAUGUAUCAUGAAUUAGCUAUUUAAGACGAAUUAUGGAAUAAGUAUAUUGUUAUUAAAUACUUACUUUGCAAGCAAAAAUCAUAAAAUUUACAAAUUAUCUUCACUAUAAAACCAGAAAAAAUAGAUGAAAAUUUUUCAUCAUGAACUAUAUUGCUUUAUAAAAAUGGAGAAAAAUUCUUGA